AACCCUAACUUGAGCAAUCGCGGACAAUCCAGCUGAUUCGUCGCCAUGGACAUCCGAUUCCCGUACUCCCCAGCAGAGGUCGCAAAAGUCCGGGUCGUCCAGUUCGGCAUCCUCAGUCCUGAUGAAAUCCGGCAAAUGUCAGUUGUUCAGAUCGAGCAUAGUGAGACGAUGGAGCGUGGAAAGCCGAAGCCCGGUGGCCUCAGCGAUCCUCGGCUUGGUACCAUUGAUCGUAAGCUGAAGUGUGAAACGUGCAUGGCGAACAUGGCUGAGUGCCCUGGUCAUUUUGGCCACCUUGAGCUCGCCAAGCCCAUGUUCCAUAUCGGGUUCUUGAAAACUGUGCUCUCUAUCAUGCGCUGCGUCUGCUUUAAUUGCUCUAAAAUACUUGUUGAUGAGGAAGACCACAAAUUCAAGCAAUCUCAGAAAAUUAGAAAUCCAAAACAUCGACUCAGGAAGGUUUUGGAUGCAUGUAAGAAUAAAACAAAAUGUGAAGGUGGUGAUGAUAUUGAGGUCCGAGAUCAAGAUUUAGAAGAACCGGUAAAGAAGCGCCGAGGGGGUUGUGGUGCUCAACAGCCAAAGCUCACCGUUGAAGGUAUGAAAAUGAUUGCAGAAUACAAGGCUACAAGGAAAAAGAAUGAUGAUCAAGAACAGCUUCCUGAACCUGUGGAAAGAAAACAACAGCUUUCUGCAGAAAGGGUUCUAAGUGUUCUCAAGCGGAUAAGUGAUGAGGACUGCCUACUGUUGGGUUUGAAUCCUAAGUAUGCCCGUCCGGAUUGGAUGAUUUUACAAGUCCUCCCGAUUCCCCCUCCUCCUGUGAGACCUUCUGUGAUGAUGGAUACGUCUUCUAGGAGUGAGGAUGACUUGACUCAUCAGUUGGCGAUGAUUAUUAGACACAACGAGAAUCUGAGAAGGCAGGAGAGAAAUGGAGCUCCUGCCCACAUCAUCUCAGAAUUUGCACAAUUACUGCAAUUUCACAUUGCUACAUAUUUUGAUAAUGAGCUUCCGGGUCAGCCGAGGGCUACACAGAGGUCAGGACGGCCUAUCAAAUCCAUAUGCAGUCGGCUUAAGGCUAAAGAAGGUCGGAUUAGAGGCAACUUGAUGGGAAAGCGUGUGGAUUUUUCAGCACGAACUGUCAUCACACCAGAUCCGACAAUUAACAUUGAUGAACUUGGAGUGCCAUGGAGUAUUGCUCUUAAUUUAACAUAUCCAGAAACUGUGACACCAUAUAACAUUGAGAGGUUGAAGGAACUUGUAGAAUAUGGGCCCCAUCCUCCUCCCGGUAAAACUGGUGCCAAGUACAUCAUUAGGGAAGAUGGACAGAGGCUUGAUCUUCGGUACUUGAAAAAAAGUAGUGAUCAUCAUCUGGAGCUUGGUUAUAAGGUGGAGAGGCACUUGAAUGAUGGGGACUUCGUUCUUUUCAAUCGGCAACCUAGUCUUCACAAAAUGUCUAUAAUGGGGCAUCGAAUCAAAAUCAUGCCAUACUCAACUUUUCGCUUGAAUUUGUCUGUAACUUCUCCAUACAAUGCUGAUUUUGAUGGGGAUGAAAUGAACAUGCAUGUUCCUCAGUCAUUUGAAACUAGAGCAGAAGUCUUGGAGCUGAUGAUGGUACCAAAAUGCAUUGUCUCGCCUCAAUCAAAUCGCCCUGUUAUGGGUAUUGUCCAGGAUACACUCUUAGGAUGCCGGAAGAUAACUAAAAGAGAUACCUUCAUUGAGAAGGAUGUCUUUAUGAAUAUCUUGAUGUGGUGGGAGGAUUUUGAUGGGAAAAUACCUGCUCCAACUAUUCUGAAGCCUAGACCUCUUUGGACAGGAAAGCAAGUGUUCAAUCUGAUCAUUCCUAAGCAGAUAAACCUCAUAAGAACCUCGGCAUGGCACUCGGAAGCGGAAACAGGAUUUAUCACUCCAGGAGAUACACAAGUUAGAAUAGAGAGAGGAGAGCUGCUUGCUGGCACUCUCUGCAAGAAGACCCUUGGGACAUCUACUGGUAGUCUUAUUCAUGUCAUCUGGGAAGAGGUUGGUCCAGAUGCUGCCCGCAAAUUCUUGGGCCACACACAGUGGCUUGUUAACUACUGGCUUUUGCAGAAUGGAUUUAGUAUUGGAAUUGGGGACACAAUUGCAGAUGCAUCAACUAUGGAAAAAAUUAAUGAAACAAUAUCGAAAGCGAAGAAUGAAGUGAAGGAACUUAUUAAGGCUGCCCAAGAAAAGCAGCUAGAGGCAGAACCUGGGCGAACUAUGAUGGAAUCAUUUGAGAACAGGGUGAACCAGGUGCUGAAUAAGGCUCGUGAUGAUGCUGGGAGUAGUGCACAGAAGAGCUUAUCAGAAAGUAACAAUCUGAAGGCUAUGGUGACAGCAGGAUCAAAGGGAAGUUUUAUCAACAUUUCACAGAUGACUGCUUGUGUGGGACAACAGAAUGUCGAGGGUAAACGAAUUCCUUAUGGUUUCAUUGAUCGGACGCUACCACAUUUCACCAAAGACGACUAUGGGCCCGAAAGUCGGGGCUUUGUGGAGAACUCAUAUCUCCGUGGGCUGACUCCACAGGAAUUCUUCUUUCACGCUAUGGGUGGUAGGGAAGGUCUGAUUGACACUGCAGUGAAAACAUCUGAGACGGGGUAUAUUCAGAGGCGUCUUGUGAAGGCUAUGGAAGACAUUAUGGUCAAAUAUGACGGUACUGUUAGGAACUCAUUAGGGGAUGUGAUUCAGUUUUUGUAUGGAGAGGAUGGUAUGGAUGCUGUUUGGAUUGAAUCACAGAAGUUGGAUUCUCUGAAAAUGAAGAAGCGUGAGUUCGAUAAUGUUUUCAGGUAUGAAUUUGACAAUGCCAAUUGGAAUCCAAGUUACAUGUUAACUGAACAUGUUGAGGAUUUGAAAACCAUCCGGGAGUUUCGCAAUGUUUUUGAUGCUGAAGUUCAGAAACUGGAAGCAGAUCGAUACCAACUUGGUACAGAGAUUGCUACUACAGGUGAUAACUCAUGGCCUAUGCCUGUUAACCUCAAGAGGCUUAUCUGGAAUGCUCAAAAGACAUUUAAGGUUGACUUGAGAAGGCCAUCUGACAUGCACCCUAUGGAGAUUGUUGAAGCAGUUGACAAGCUUCAGGAAAGGUUAAAAGUCGUUCCAGGUGAUGAUUUUCUGAGCAUGGAAGCUCAGAAAAAUGCAACCCUUUUCUUCAACAUUCUGCUUCGUAGCACAUUUGCCAGUAAGCGUGUGUUGAAAGAGUACAGGCUAACUCGUGAAGCAUUUGAAUGGGUAAUCGGUGAGAUAGAAUCUCGAUUCUUACAAUCAUUGGUUGCACCAGGUGAAAUGAUUGGCUGUGUGGCUGCCCAAUCCAUAGGUGAGCCAGCCACUCAGAUGACCUUGAAUACCUUCCACUAUGCUGGUGUUAGUGCCAAAAAUGUUACUCUAGGCGUUCCUAGGUUGAGGGAAAUCAUAAAUGUUGCAAAGAAAAUUAAAACUCCCUCACUUUCUGUGUACCUAAAGCCUGAAGUCAACAAGACAAAAGAGAGGGCAAAGAAUGUCCAGUGUGCUUUGGAAUACACCACUUUACGCAGUGUAACACAAGCAACUGAAGUGUGGUAUGAUCCAGAUCCUAUGAGCACCAUCAUCGAAGAGGAUGCUGAGUUUGUGAAGUCUUAUUAUGAAAUGCCAGAUGAAGAAGUUGCCCCAGAGAAAAUCUCUCCUUGGCUGCUUCGCAUAGAGUUGAAUCGUGAAAUGAUGGUGGAUAAAAAGUUGAGCAUGGCAGACAUUGCGGAGAAGAUUAACCUUGAGUUUGAUGAUGAUUUGACUUGUAUAUUUAAUGAUGACAAUGCUGAGAAGCUAAUUCUUCGUAUACGUAUCAUGAAUGAUGAAGCUCCAAAGGGGGAGAUGCAAGAUGAAUCUGCCGAAGAUGAUGUCUUCCUCAAGAAGAUUGAGAGCAACAUGUUGACGGAAAUGGCCCUACGAGGCAUCCCGGACAUCAACAAGGUGUUUAUCAAGUCUGGAAAGAUAAAUAAGUUUGACGAGAAUGAAGGGUUUAAACCUGAAAUAGAAUGGAUGUUGGACACAGAAGGUGUCAAUCUGUUGGCUGUUAUCUGUCAUGAAGAUGUUGAUGCAACUAGGACAACAAGUAAUCACUUGAUCGAAGUGAUUGAAGUUCUUGGAAUUGAGGCUGUACGUCGAUCUCUGCUGGAUGAGUUACGGGUGGUCAUAUCUUUUGAUGGGUCUUACGUGAAUUACAGGCACUUGGCUAUUCUAUGUGACACUAUGACCUACCGUGGUCAUUUAAUGGCCAUCACCCGCCAUGGCAUUAAUCGGAAUGACACUGGGCCAAUGAUGAGAUGUUCAUUUGAGGAAACUGUGGACAUUCUUCUGGAUGCUGCUUUGUAUGCUGAAACAGAUCAUCUCAGAGGUGUCACCGAAAAUAUUAUGCUUGGGCAGCUUGCACCCAUUGGCACAGGGGACUGUGCCUUGUAUUUAAAUGAUCAGAUGCUGCAGCAAGCAAUUGAACUUCAGCUUCCUAGUUAUAUGGAGGGUUUGGAUUUUGGCAUGACACCUUCCCGUUCACCCAUGUCUGGAACUCCAUAUCAUGAAGGCAUGUCGUCACCAAGCUAUUUGUUUAGCCCAAAUGCCCGUUUGUCACCCAUUACAGAUGCUCAGUUUUCUCCUUAUGUUGGUGGGAUGGCCUUCUCUCCCACUUCAUCGCCAGGAUACAGUCCAUCAUCUCCAGGCUACAGUCCAUCAUCUCCAGGAUAUAGUCCUACAUCUCCUGGUUAUAGUCCCACCUCACCUGGAUACAGUCCUACAUCGCCUGGUUAUAGUCCCACUUCACCUACAUACAGCCCUAGCUCUCCAGGCUAUAGUCCUACUAGUCCUGCAUAUUCUCCUACAAGCCCAUCUUACUCCCCUACUUCACCCAGCUACAGUCCAACAUCCCCCAGCUACAGCCCCACCUCACCAAGUUACAGCCCCACCUCGCCAAGUUACAGCCCCACCUCACCAAGCUACAGCCCUACUUCUCCAGUUUAUAGUCCGACUUCCCCAGUCUAUAGCCCCACCUCUCCUGCAUACAGCCCCACCUCGCCAUCAUACAGCCCCACCUCCCCUUCAUACAGCCCCACCUCACCAAGCUACAGCCCCACCUCGCCUUCAUACAGCCCCACCUCGCCUGCAUACAGUCCAACUUCUCCUGGUUAUAGCCCAACAUCGCCAAGCUACAGCCCAACAUCUCCGAGCUACAGUCCUACUUCUCCAAGUUACAAUCCCCCUUCUGCAAAAUACAGUCCAUCGCUGGCGUACUCCCCAAGCAGUCCCAGAUUGUCACCAUCCAGUCCUUACAGUCCGACAUCUCCAAAUUACAGCCCAACUUCACCAUCAUAUUCGCCAACAUCCCCAUCAUAUUCUCCUGCAAGCCCUACGUAUAGUCCCAGCAGUCCAUACAGUUCAGGUGUUGGCCCAGAUUACAGCCCAAGUUCUCCACAGUACAGUCCUAGUGCUGGCUACUCACCUACUGCACCGGGGUACUCACCGUCAUCCACCAGCCAAUACACUCCGCAGAUGAGCAAUAAGGAUGAGGGCAGCAGUCGCUGAAGUGGACAAGAGAAACUGAGUUUUUUUUUUUCCAGCCAAUUCCCAAAACCAGAGGAUAAACAGAAGCAUUUCUUCAUCUCAUGAAAGUCUGCUUAAGACAUUCAUGGAUUAUCAUGCGUGCUUAUGAUGGAUGAUCCAUUUCACCAAAAACCAACACCAGACAUCAUUAUUUCUGUAAUAUAUGAGCACUCUUCCUACCGCCCAUUGAAGAUCUAGGAAAAGAUAGAAUUUCCUUGUAACUCAAAAAAAGAUUGAGAAGAGAAGGAUGUAAUUAAGAAAACUAUGCACGCUUUUGAACUAUUUUCAAGUGUGUUUUCUUUUUGAUGAAUUUCUUUAAAAAUGCCUGUAGGCUUUUUGUAUGGA